AUGACACCAAGAGAAGAAGACGGGAGAGACAGGACCGAGCUAUUCGUAGAUGCGACGAGAGAGAUUUCGCCGCCGAGGGAUCGAUCACUCAGUGGCACUGUUGGGUCGCUUAUCUGUCCUUACGUGCACGCGGCUCCCAACAAACCGCGACCUAAGUACUUUCGCCUUCUUGGAACUUGUCAAAUACAAACUCAAUCUGCCCAUCAGCGAGUCAUCAUCCUUUGGGCAUCCGCCCCUCCAGCGGGCCAAUCUAUACAUGCCACUUCGCGCUCUCCAGAACCUGCUCCACUAAUUCUUCAUCGCAAUGUCUCUUCUCCAGCACGGGCAUUCAUCUCCAGAAAAGCAUGUCGCCAGUGUCUUUCCAACCCACAGCCUCACCAACUCGUCACAUCAACGGAAUCCCCUGACGGCGGCGUUUCUUUACAUUCGUCUGAUAUCACAGGAACUCCGAACAUCAGGACACCUCCAUCCUCAAAACGAAUCGCGAAUGUCGGCAUACGACGCUCUCAAUACACCUCUGUAUUGUUGGAAUCUCCUGCACGGCCUAGCCACGCAAGCCGAAUGAGACAGAUUUUCGAGGAAGCAAGUUUCGGAAAGGUGGUGUCGUCAGCUAGCAAUGGAAUGGUAGCCUACCCGCAGCUCCCAAACACCUCCCGAGCGCACUCUCCAACCGAUCGGCACCCUCAAUCGUCAUAUGGCCCAGGAUUCCUACUGCCGUCCAAUAGGCCCGAUUCAGCCGAGGCAACCCCAGAACGUUUACAAAGACCCACGAGUUCGGAAAACUUAUCUGAAUCCUGGUCCGGCGAUUCAGACUAUCUCAUCACCGAGCAUCGCUAUCAUCGAUCUUCACGUUCUAUAUCACCUCAACCUCGGAUUGAUGAUUGGCUAUCCACCGUCUCCCAAGAAGACGGCUUUUCAGAAGAGAAAUGUGUUGUUCUCAGAUCCCAGGCCACGAAUAGCGUCCCAAGCGCUAGUAGCAUUCUUCCCAGCCAUUAUAACCGUACCCCGCCACCUUCCGUUCUUAUGAGCUCUGCAAUCCCAUCGAAUCCAGUACUAGCACACCCAGGAAGACUACAUAGACAAGUACUAGAUGUCUGUCUUUCUAAAACGGAAGUUGACCAGCCUCCUAAGCUCGAGGCAUCACAGUACCAUGGCAUUCUCCUUCCUCCUGAGACACCUCCUGGCACUACUAGAAGCCAGCUCAAGCAAUCGUGCACACCGCAUGAGAGCAUCGAUUUAGAUGACGGCGGCAUACAACUGAGUCCGUUGAGCCCGAACGUGUGCAUCGCGCGUGGCCCAUCACGUUAUCAUUCAUCACUGCGAAGAGGAAAUGCUCUCGGGAUGCCAAUUACUCCAACGAGAAGAGAGGGUGUCUUGGUUGAGCUACCUCGGAGCGAAAUCUUCGAGGAGAUCCGGGAAACCCACGAAAACCCUUCGCGCAUAUCCAGCACUCCUACAAGGAGACCAGCACGGCGUGGGCGGGCGUCGCAGACUGUCGGGUAUUUAGAGACUGCAAAUUCCGCGAGAAGGUCUGGCGGUGUUAUGCUUGAAGGUCUUUAGGUUUUGCUCCUAAUAGACUAAAG